UCCAAUGUAAUGUUGAAAGUCUGAAAGGCCACAACCUAUGAAACAAACAGCGUGUGCAUCAUUCAAGUGGAAAACCUCAUUGAAAGUUGCCCAAUCAGAGGUGGGCGUUGCCGUUCGACUUACGUGUCAAGCUAGCGGUCCGUACUCAAAAGUAAACCAGAAGUGAUACUCUCAUAGUGUAACAGCCAGAGGGAGGUGGAAACAUCACUGCAAAGGUUUUGAGCUAGUUAACCUAAGCCACCAGAUGUUCGACAAGUAAUUUCCACUAUUUUUGGUUUACCUUGUAACGUUACUGUUGACCGCGACUAUUUUUCUGCUCCCCGAUGACUUCCUCUAUCUCAGACUGGAUUUGGAGUGAGAGGUUUUGGCUUCCCGAAAAUGUUACAUGGGCGGACCUGGAGCGACCACCAACUGGUGCGGAGUAUCCCCGAAUAAGACAUAUACUAUACGCCCUUCCUCUGGCUGUCGUAGUUUUUCUACUAAGAUUGCUUUUUGAAAGGCUAGUGGCCAAACCCUGUGCCCACAUACUUCAGAUUCAGGCGGGAGUGCCUCGGCAAGCUCAGCCUAAUGCUGUCCUGGAGAAGGUGUUUCAGUCCAAAACGUGUCCUGACACGAGGCAACUGGAGGGACUCUCCAAGCAGCUGGACUGGGAUGAACGGAAAAUACAGAGAUGGUUUCGGGUCCGUCGAAACCAAGACAGGCCCAGUAUGCAGAAAAAGUUCUGUGAGAGCAUGUGGCGAUUUACAUUUUACCUGGGGAUUUUCAUCUAUGGCAUUCGACAUUUGUGGGUGUCGCCUUGGAUGUGGGACACCAGACAGUGUUGGUACAACUACCCUUUUCAGCCUCUGAGUCCUGGACAGUUCAACCACUAUGCAGCUGAGCUUGCUUUCUAUUGGGCUCUGAUGUUUUCCCAGUUCAUAGACAUUAAACGUAAGGAUUUUAUCAUGAUGCUUGUCCACCAUCUGGCCACCAUAUUCCUCAUCACAUUCUCCUAUGCCAACAACAUGCUAAGAGUUGGCACUUUGGUCAUGUGUGUGCAUGAUGCAUCCGACAUAUUCCUCGAGGCUGCCAAACUGGCCAACUAUGCCAAGUACCAGAGGCUAUGUGAUGGCCUGUUUGUGGUCUUCAGCAUAAGCUUUUUCUUCACUCGACUUGUCAUCUAUCCUUUCUGGGUUGUUUACAGUGUCCUGGUUGAGAGCUGGGAGAUCGUUGGGCCAUACCAGGCCUGGUGGUUGCUCAAUGGCUUGCUGUUGGUGCUGCAGACUCUUCACGUCAUCUGGUUCUACCUCAUCGCUCGCAUUGCUAUCAAAGCCAUAUUCAAGGGAAAGGUGGCAAAAGACGACCGCAGUGACAUCGAGAGCAGUUCGGACGAGGAGAUUUAUUCCAGUUCCAGUAAAAAUCCCAGUCAGACCCUAAAACCAAAGGACCGCAGUCACACUGGUAACCUUAAUGGAGAAACUCAUGACCACUGAGUACCAUGAGGGGAUGUUUACUUUCAGUGUGGCUUUUACUCAACUGCUGCGUGCCUGUGUGACCCACCUUGUCACUUUGACCUCCUGAAAAGACAUCCAACUGUUGUUCACGCAGAAAUAUUUUCUGACACGCUCUGGCGAGUGGACUUGAUACAGGGGAACUGCAUGUUGGACAUUGUGUGUGUGUGUGUGUGUGUGUGUGUGUGUGUGUGUGUGUGUGUGUGUGUGUGUGUGUGUGUGUGUGUG